AUGGCUGUGAUAAGUAUCAGACAGUGUAUCUCCUCAUAUUGGGACCAGUCUGCUUCAUCAGGAGACUCCUCCUGUCCCCAGUGUGGAGAAAGACCCAGAACCAGAGCUGGACUGCAGACAGCCAGUCAGAGCAGCUGUGUACAAACAGAUGUUGGUCUGCAGGAGUUUUUACGUGAACAUAAGAUCAGUCUGAGGAGGAGAUGUGAACGUGUGACUGAAGGAAGUGAUGAAACAGGAAGUAGAACCCUCCUCAACAGGAUCUACACUGAGCUCUACAUCACAGAGGGACAGAGUGAAGAGGUUCAUACCCAACAUGAGGUGAGGCAGCUGGAGACAGCUUCCAAGAUGGACGCCCUCCAUGACGCUCCAAUCAGGUGCCAGGACAUCUUUAAAGCCUUACCUGACCAACAGAGACCCAUCAGAGUGGUUCUGACCAACGGCGUGGCUGGUGGUGGAAAAACCUUCUCAGUGCAGAAGUUCACUCUAGACGGGGCAGAGGGCUUGGAGAACCAACAUGUCAGUGUGGUGGUUCUGCUUUCAUUCAGGGAGCUGAACCUGAUCAGAGAUGAGCAGUACAGUCUUCUGGAGCUGCUCCAUGUUUUCCAUCCAACAUUACAGAAGGUCACAGCAGAGAAGCUGGCUGUCUCUCAGCUUUUGUUCAUCUUUGACGGCCUGGAUGAAAGUAGACUUUCAUUGGAUUUUACCACCAGGAAGCUGCUGUCUGAUGUCACACAGAAGUCAUCAGUCAGCCAACUGCUGACAAACCUCAUCCAGGGGAAUCUGCUUCCCUCAGCUCUCGUCUGGAUAACUUCACGACCUGCAGCAGCCAAUCAGAUCCCUCCUACAUGUGUUGACAGGGUAACAGAAGUACGAGGCUUCACUGAUGCCCAGAAGGAGGAGUACUUCAGGAGGAGAUUCAGUGAUGAAGAGCUGUCCAGCAGAAUCAUCUCCCACAUGAAGACAUCCAGGAGCCUCCAUAUCAUGUGUGGUAUCCCAGUCUUCUGCUGGAUCACUGCUACAGUUCUGGAGCACAUGUUGACUACAGAGCAGAGAGGAGAGCUGCCCAAGACCCUGACUGACAUGUACUCACACUUCCUGCUGGUUCAGACAAAGAGGAAGAAGAACAAGUACCAUGAGGGACAUGAGACGGGUCCACAGGAGCUGACAGAGGCUGACAGGGAAGUUCUUCUGAAGCUGGGGAGGCUGGCGACUGAACAUCUGGAGAAAGGAAACAUCAUGUUCUACCAAGAAGACCUGGAGCAGUGUGGUCUGGAUGUGACAGAGGCCUCGGUGUACUCAGGAGUUUGUACAGAGAUCCUCAAAAGAGAGUGUGUGAUCUUCCAGAAACCAGUCUACUGCUUUGUUCAUCUGAGCAUUCAGGAGUUUCUGGCUGCAGUCUACAUGUUCCACUGUCAAACCAACAGGAAGACAGAGGUGCUGGAGGACUUCCUGGGAUACAAUUGUAGUCAUUCCUCUGUGGAUGAGUUUCUAAAGAGAGUCAUGGAGAAAUCCCUCCAGAGUAAAAAUGGCCACAUGGACCUGUUUGUUCGCUUCCUUUAUGGCCUCUGUUUAGAGUCCAACCAGAGACUCUUAGGAGGUCUGCUGGGUCAGACAUGGAACAGUAUAGAAACCAUCCAGAGAGUCAUCAUCAACUUGAAGAAGAUCAACAAUGAUGAAAUCUCUCCUGACAGAAGCAUCAACAUUUUCCACUGUCUGAUGCAGAUGAACGACCUCUCAGUACAUCAGGAGAUUGAAGAGUUCCUGAGGUCAGAGAACAGAUCAAAGUUACUCUGUAUGAUCCACUGCUCAGCUCUGGCCUUAUUGCUGAUGAUGUCAGAGGAGGUUCUGGAUGAGUUGGGCCUGCAGAAGUACAACACAUCAGAGCGGGGACGACUGAGACUGAUUCCAGCUGUGAGGAACUGCAGAAAGGCUCGACUGACUCUGUGUGGACUCUCAGAGACUCACUGUGAAGUUGUGGCCUCAGCUCUGAAGUCCAACCCCUCCCAUCUGACAGAGCUGGACUUGAGUGAGAACAAGCUGCAGGAUUCAGCAGUGAAGCUUCUGUGUGCUGGACUGAAGAGUCCAAACUGUCGACUGGAAACCCUGAGUUUCAGGGAGUGUGGUUUGUCAGAGAUCAGCUGUGAUUAUCUGGCAGCAACGCUGAAGUACAACCCCUCCCAUCUGAGAGAGCUGGACCUGAGCUCCAACAACAAGCUGCAGGAUCCAGGAGUGAAGCAUCUGUGUGGUUUUCUGGCGAGUCCAGGAUGUAAACUUGAAACUCUGAGAUUGGGGGGCUGUGGUUUGUCAAAGAUCAGCUGUGAUUUUCUGGCAGCAACUCUGAAGUCCAACCCCUCCCAUCUGAGAGAGCUGGACCUGAAAAGAAACAACCUGGAGGAUCCAGAUGUGAAGCAGCUGUCUGAGCUUAAGCAGAGUUCAGACUGCACACUGAAGACUCUGAGGCUGAGUGUCCCCAGUCUCUCAGAAAGAGGCUGUGAAGCUCUGUCCUCAGUUCUCAGUUCUCAGUCCUCUAGUCUGAGAGAGCUGGACCUGAGUAUUAACACCCUGCAGGACUCAGGAGGGAAGCUUCUGUCGGCUGCAGUGGAGAGUCCACAGUGUACCUUGGAAAUGCUCAGACUGAAUCUCUGUAACCUCUCAGCGAGAAGUCAUGAAGCUCUGUCCUUAAUUCUCACCUCUCAGUCCUCUAGUCUGACAGCGCUAGACCUGAGUAACAGCGACCUACAGGAUUCAGCAGUGAAGCUUCUGUCUGUAGGACUGAGGAGUUGUAAACUGAAUACCCUGAGACUGAGUCACUGUAAGUUCUCAGAGAGAGGCUUUGAAGCUCUGUUCUCAGCCCUCAGCUCCCAGUCCUCUAGUCUGAGAGAGCUGGACCUGAGUAACUCCAACCUGCAGGAUUCAGGAGUAAAGCUUCUGUCUGUUGGAGUGAAGAGUCCACACUCUAAAAUGGAAACUCUCAGAGAGGUGAUUGCUGACUGGGCCCAGGUGGUAAAUGAGGCCAAUGAGCAGCAGCUGUGUCCUGGGGAGAGAGAAGAAGCGAGAGAGAGACAGAGGGGUGGAGCAAGAGAGGAGGAGGUGGAGAAAAACACCACGCCCACACAAGGGCAGUAUCAGGAGGCCCAGCUAGGGCCGUUACACCCCCUCCCAUAA